ACGUAACCGACCAUAUUGCCAAAUCGAAAACCCGGGAAGAAGAAAGCUUAGCAUGGGACCAGUUUCAGUUUCAAACGCAACUAGUGAAAGAGAGGAUUGAUAACUUCUUUGCAUGUUUGAAUGGCAAGUUACGUAAUUUAGAAAAUCGAAUUAGUUGAGUGAAGCAAUUAAGUUUGGUUAAAUUUUGGCAGAGUGCGUCGAUCUGUGGUGUGUAGUCGCAUCAGCGUCUCAUUGAGGAAACAGUGCUACGUUAUCGCGUGUGUGUGUGUUUGGCGUGUUGGUUGGUGUUGUGAGAAAUACCUAGGGGAAAACUUACCCUACAGCGCCCAUUCAGAAGGAUCUUGCUCAGCUGACUGUGAUGCACUCGUUUUGCAAGUAAUUAGUACUCCGUUGCCGUUAUCAGCUGUGAGCAGUCUAUCGAGUGAGUGUUAUUAAAAUUUCGAACGAUUCGCAUCUGUAAAUCGUUGAAUGCGUAGGCGUUUGAACCGGCUCCAGUGGGAUCUAGUGCACGUGACAUUGACAUUGACUGCGGGGCUGUAGCAAGAACGACGAUUACGACGACCGAUCGGCACUCGGUCGACUGGUGCGAUAUCAAUGGUAACAGCACACCGACCGCGAUAGGAAGUCUUUCUCGAUAGCUGCGGCAGAUCUCAUCCACUUACAUCCCUCCUUCGUAUAGGACGUUCAACAGGAACAAGACUUGUGCGCGUUUAGGUCUUUAGUUAGCAUAGCUAGUUAGUUCGGUUAAGUUCACAAAUCGCAGGCCAUUAUGCAUUUCAAGGAAGUCUGCAACCGACGGUGUAUUCUGACAUCGGGUGGCAUCAUUCUGGUGGCGUUCGGAAUAUUCUUCACCUUCUGCUUCCACAACGUCUUUCGGGACAUCCUAUAUGAGGAACUGAAACUCCGUCCCGCGUCCCGGGGGUACGACGCAUGGGUCACACCGCCGUUUCCACUGUCGAUGGAUGUGUAUUUCUUCAAUUGGACCAAUCCGGAGGAUUUGAAGAACCACAGCACCAAGCCCAUUCUGGAGGAACUGGGUCCGUAUCGGUUUACGGAGCGACCCGAAAAGGUGGACAUCGUGUGGCACGAUGAAAACGCGACGGUUAGCUACAGGAAAAAGAGCGUCUACUUCUUCGACGAAGAAGGAAGCAACGGCUCGCUGGACGAUGUGAUUAGCAGUAUCAACGUCGUGGCUUUGUCGGCGGCAAACCGGGCCCGCAGUUGGGACUACAUCCGCCGGAAGGGCGUCUCCAUGGGACUGAAUCUGUACAAUCAGGACGUGUACGUAACGAAAACGGCCGGCGAGCUGCUCUUCGAUGGCUACGAAGACGACAUGGUACUGAUGGGCAAGCAGUUGUUCGACGCCAACGAGGUCCCGUUCGACCGCGUCGGAUGGUUCUAUACGCGCAACAAUUCAGCGGAUCUGAUCGGCCACUACAACAUCCACACGGGAAUGGACGACAUCAUGAAGAUCGGUUCGAUGGCUCAGUGGAACUACAAGUCAAGAACGGACUUCUUUGCCGAUCACUGCGGGAUGCUGAACGGUUCGGCCGGAGAGUUCUACCCACCGAACUUAUCCAAGGACGUACCGAUUCAGCUGUUUACGCCGGACAUGUGCCGCAGUUUGCCGCUGGACUUUGAACACGAGGAGGUAGUGGCCGGAAUCCAGGGAUACAAGUACGCCGGAGGUCCACGGACGGUGGACAACGGGACGACGUACCCGGAGACAGCUUGCUUCAGCAACGGAGAGAUUGUGCCGUCGGGUGUACUGAACAUUUCUGCUUGUCGGUUCGGAACUCCGGUGUUUAUGUCCUUCCCUCACUACUACGGAGCGGACGAGUACUAUCUGAACCAGGUGGAAGGACUACAACCGAACAAGAGCAAACAUCAGUUCUACAUGACGAUGGAACCGACAACAGGUAUUCCGUUGGACGUUGCCGCCCGAUUCCAGCUAAACAUUCUCAUCGAAUCACACCCGGAUAUUUCCCUGUACGAGGGCGUUAAGCGGGUGUUUUUGCCGGUGCUGUGGUUCGAGCAGCACGUUACUAUGAAGCCGGAAUUUACCGGUGAAAUCGCCCAAGCGCUGAGUAUACCCACGACGGGGCGCAUCUGCGGUAUCGUUAUGAUCGUCUUCGGUGCCAUCAUGAUCGCUUGGACCCCGGUCGAACGGUUAAUGUUCCGCCAGCGACGUCGGGGCACGGUCACCGAUGCCAGCACCGAGAAGGUACUGCUGCAUCACAAUCUUGCCAAGACGGCCAUCCUGGUGUCGGAGAAGGAAAAGGAAGCAGCUGCGGCUAUCACGAUCAUCGAAGCGCAUCCGCUGAUCGAAAGCAAAGCCGUCCGAAUGGGUAGUCAAAACGGAACUACCAAGACGUGAGCAAGUGGCAGCUUGGCCCCGUAAUUCUACCAAAAAGAAAGACUUUCCUUCCGCCGGCUAUCGAGCGAAUGAGGGGGCGGAUGAAAUAAUCCAGUUCUCUGAAUUUACCAUUAAGUGUGUAUGAGUGUGCAUGCGCUAGGAAUUAUAGGAAUCCCAUUGACUACCUACUUGUAGCGGCAGUCCGGAGCCGUGAUCCGGAAAGCAAUUACUAUUCUUAAUGAUACAGGGUGAACAAUGAUUCCUCGUGUAGUUUUAAGGCCAAUUUGUGUGGCUGUU